GCAAAUUGAAAGUGAGCAAUCAUGAAUCAUCACAGACAGAAAGAAGCUUGCUUAAACGUUCGUCCUUAUUCAUUCUUCUAUUAGCUGAUAACCGUUAAUGAAAAAGUUCUGCACGAUUCAGAUAUUUCCAUCAUCAUAACUCCUCUCUCAGCUGAAUUAAUUGAUAAGCCAGCAAGAUAACAAUCAAUAAUUAUAACGUUAGAUACAUUUCACUUUUGAAAGAUGGCUGAUGCAGAUUUGGGGUUUGCAUCUGACAACGGAGUGCUGCCUGUCGAGGUGGACCCAGCUGCAGCUUUCUUAGCUCAGCAAGAAAGCGAAAUAGCGGUGAUAGAGAAUAACGAGGCCGGAGUCGGGGCUUUGCAGGGAUCCGCCGAGCAGCAGCCGGCGGCCGAUUCACCUGUACAAUAUGAUGCAGGGUUUGCAGAGGCAUCAACAGCCACGGUAAACGGAGACAUGUUUGAGCUGGUUAGUUUUGUAAGUGAGGCAGUACCUAUAGCAGUACCUAUGGCAGAUGACAACACACCUGAAAUAGGUACCUCUUUCUCAAUGGAGUCCAACGGUCCCUCGGACAGCUAUGCGGCCAUCGCCCAGGUGGACUCUCUGAGAGAAGAGCCUGAGAGCCUGCGUAAGUGGAGGGAGGAGCAGAAGGCACGGCUGGAGCAACUAGACUCUGCGUCCAAGGCAGCGGAGGCUGAGUGGAAAGAGAAGGCCAAGAAAGAGCUGGAGGACUGGCAUGUGCACCAGAAUGAACAGAUGGAGAAGAAAAAGUCCAACAACAGGCUUGCUGAUGAGACUUUCUACCAUCAGCCCAACUCUCAAGUGAUAAACUUCGUGGCAUCUGAAGAGGCCUUCCUGUCUGAGGCUGACGGCGACAGCCCAGGGACGGAGUGGGAGAGAGUGGCCCGUCUCUGUGACUUCAACCCCAAGACCAACAGGACGUCCAAGGACGUGUCCCGGAUGCGCUCGGUCCUCAUAGCCCUCAAACAGACACCUCUGGUGCGCUAGUACGGCCAACGGAACAGAAGGGUGGUGAUAUUUCCCCCUUCUUUUUUUUUAAACGCCUACUCUUGAGUUAUGAACCUUGGUUUGCAUUAAGGCAGAAUGUUCUAGGCUCUUUUCAUAUCUACUCUUGGUUCAGGGUUCUUUACAUGUUCAGACCCUCCUGUUUUCUGUCGGUAACAUGUGGAGAGGAAAGGUAUUGUCUCUCCCUCCAUCUUUCCUUAUUCUGAUGUAAUGCAUCCAGUGGAUGUGAUAUACCUCAAUACCUUAACAUGGAUCGACUGCCUGCUCUGUCUUUUUAGCUUCCCAUCAACAAUGCUUCUAUUAACUGACAAUAUGGUUUGCUGUAAAUUCUUUAUUAAACUUCUUCUCUCUCAUAAAAGGGAGGGGGAGGGGCAUUGGGUCAAACCUCUUAUCUUUUAAUCGUGAUUCCUCUCCCCAAUAUUUAGGGUGUGAAGUGUUCUUUUAUCAAAUAACAGAUUAGCUUCAUCUCCACUGUAAUUAGUAUUUGAUUUAAUGUGUUGGUUGUAAUGUAGCCAGUCCUGUUCAGGUACUACAUAUAGGAAUAGGUUCUAAACCACACAAGCCCGUUUUUAUAUUUUAUUUUAGUUAAGAAUUGAUUCACAGACUUAUUAAUUUACUGUAGUAUAAUAUUGAUUAUUUAACGGUACCUAGUAAUUUAUCCUGACAUUUUAGAUGCUAUGAGCUUGUUGGCCUUGCUGGACUUCGUACUCCUGUCACUGUUUGUGCUUUUGGCUAAUGUUCAUUGUUUCCUUCCCAAGCUUGACUAUUUCAUAGCCUGGUUUUCUCAUCUGUUUUGUGUGCGGUCUUGCCAAAACGCCACAAUGACCCUUUCUACAUACGGUCUAGACGAAGGCCAUAGAAGUUGACAGCAUAAAACAGAUCUGGGAUCAGGCUAGCCAACGUAGUCUGUUCCAACAACAUAGUGUCUUCCCAUCUAAAGAAUCCUGUCAUUCUGAGGUUGAUCCUCGGCACCACAAGAAUUCACAUAAUAGGGGGCUUGUUAUGUCAUGGUUUUUAGGCCGAGGCUUCGGCUCCUUGGGUAACCCCCCCCCAGAUAGAUUUGAUCUUAUGUUAUUAAAUCAGCACCAUUCACCAGAGUAGCCUGUUGAGACUGUAGAGAAACCCCACACGUGCAGAAUCUUCGAGGACGUUGAGCCCCCCAGGGAAGAAAGGUCCAGUGAAGGUGAGAUCCGCAGCCACUCUGAACAGAGUCCUAAUCAUGGCCAUAUUAAAUGACAUGAAUGGACACUAGUCUAAUGUUGAGUCAUAUUUCCAAACCACCCCUCCUUUUAAUUUUCAGCUGCGUUUCCUGUGAAUCUGUGAUCAACUGUUAUCCAUUAGGAUGGCAUCAUCCAGCCUCACACAGAUGAGAAUGUAACAUAGGAACUGGAGAACUCAAACAAAGGGUUGUGUGUGUGAGGAUUUAAAUAAGACUGUCCUAAAAACAGAGGCUGUUUUGGGAAGACUGGAGACCAUAGGCUUACUGUUAAAAAUGCACUAGGAAAGCCCUGGGCUGUACCUUUGCCUCCCUUACCAGAGCCCCACAGUGACCGAUUAUCUUCACCGGUCCCCUACAACACCCAUCUUUCUCUCAAGUAUUACAGCAGACAAACUAUGAAUUUGUACAUUUUUAUUAAAGGGACAGGACUCUAUUUUACUUUAUGGCUAAUACAUGGCUAGUGGAACUGACAAUACAUGGUGCUAAAACAAA